GUCUGCAUGUCUUGCUUUCUCGCGAUGGGCGAGAUGCGAGAUGGUCCUCCUCCCCACACACUAGUCGGGCUACCCCUUGAACUCCCUUCACGAGUAGAGAAAAGGAAAGGGGGGAAAACAAGAAGGAAUUUGCAAAAUAGGGAAAGGGAAGCAAACCUAAGGCGUCGGUGAGCUGCCGGUAUCAGAGGAGCGAGGUAAGGAGAACGAAUUAGAAAGUAGAAGGAAAAGAAAAAAAAAAGAAAAAAAAAGAAGGGAACAAACAUCCAGAUGCGAUAUUUAUAUCAUACGGGGUUUAUCUCCACAUGGAGGUUAGAACUACAUCAAGGAGAUAUACCUAUUAUAUCAUACCAUGCACAGAACAAACAGAGUAAAGUUCUUUAGUCCCUUCCGCUCCCUCUUUCACCAACUCUCACUCUUUUUUUACCCCCCCACCGCCCCCCUCCCCCCCCCUCCCCCCUAUCUCUUUUCUCCCCAUCGUGAUCACUUCCCCUAUCCAUAUUUUCAUCUUCCUUAUCCCCUCCACCCUCGCUCUUUCCUUCCUCUCUUCUCCAAUAAUACCCCUCCCAUAUCCAAUCUAUCGGCGCAGAUCUACCUCAACCACUACGACCAGUCGGCGCGAUGCCCGCCGCAAAUAUGGAUUCCCACGAAGUGACUACAAGAUUGCAUGUUGACGAAUUGAUCCUGGACUACCUGCUAUGGUUCUGUACAUCUAGCCUUCUGAAAGAGCGACAACUGCGAUUAGAUGAUCAUGUCGCGAAGCAGGAGUGGACGGACGCAGCGAAAUCUGCUGAUAUGGGGAUGCGUCUGGUCAAUUCCUUCACCCAAACCUUCAAGCGUCUCCACCCCAAUGCUAUUCUCCCGGAUAGUAUCGCCCUUCGUCAGCGCAUCUGUCGUUUCGCAACAGUCUUGUUGCGCAGACUCGACGCAACGAGUCCGACAUUCACUCGAGUGUCGCAAUCCGGUGCACGAACACGCGCCUGGCUCUCACGCAAACGCGCUAGCAACGUCAUUGAGGACUUGACCUCAUCGUCAUCACCAUCAUCCAAUGUCCCGAUCGCGUUCGAAUUCUCGCAAACCCCUUUUGCACCGUCAAACCUCCGUCGCAAUACGGAGGAGAUGCACCGCCAGAUGGGGUUCUCUGGCCUGCCAGCUGCGCAGCGGAUAUACUGGGGAAAUAUUUCUCUCCGCGAAGGUUUGAAUGAGUUCAUGAUCCUGAGUAGUUGGACAUGCGCUUUCAAUGACGAGGUCAGCACUCUGUGGAUGGAGACUGCGACAAACUAUAUGGUUCAGGGUGUCCUCGAGGCGUACCGAUGCGAGGGUGCGAAGGGGAUAGACGCGCUGAACGAAUGCUUUUCUUGGGGGCCUACAGUUGGUGGAGACGGACUAGAUGAUGAUGAAACCGUGGUCAACGAAAUGUUUGGCGGCGAUGGCGGGAGCGUUGGUAUAUUAUUCGAGAAGAUGAAGACUGAGGCGCUAUUAGAGGUCUUACCACCGGACAGCACGCCUCUGGAAACGCACCUCGACCGAUUGGCAGAAAAGCACACGUGGGCGGUUUUCGAAGAAACCUUGGUGAGCGGAUACCUCACGGCGGUAAUAUCUGCGCAGCCGUCGCCUGUUUUAUUACAGCUGGAGAGCGGAAAACUCAAUGGUUUUGAAGAUAAAGAUAUCUCGACGCUCCUGGCAAAUGCUGGUGUGCUCGUUCGAUGAUUCCUGUUAGCAUUCGCUCACACUCACAUCACACUACUGGUAUUUUUCGGAAAAAGAAGAUCAAAAAUCAAAAUAAUAAUUGCAUUCCCUGACUCAUUGCUAUCAUAUCGUAUCAUUACGGAUAGGCGUUGCGCUGGAAAGGGGAUUCUGGGGGGGUCAGGUCAUUGUGGGCGCGGAAUGGAGUUGUCACUGGACGGGAUGAAACGGGAUGAGACCAGAUGAGAUGCGUAGUCAGUUGGCUAAAGUCUUUGUGUGAAACGGAGCCCUCUCUGACGGAGAUUACGGUGGCGUAAAGGGGGGCUUUGCGCAAUUGGAGUCUGUGCGAGUUGGGGACCCGUUCCACGAGGAACAAGAAUUCCGUUUCACGGAGACUUUUGCCGGGUGGUUUUACCGGCAAUACUAAUGUUAUAUUAUCCUAACCAGUUUAUUUGUCUUUGACCUUGUCCUUGUACUUGUAUAUCCCAUCAUGUAUACUACUCGUGCUGUACACGUACUUUAUCCUUUUUUCUUUUCUUUCACCAUCCCUUCACUUCUUGCUCGCUGCUAAGCCUUUUUAUUCACUACGUGUAAACUAGUUUUACUUGUAUUGCUCGACUUCUUGAGCUAAAUUGUUGUUGUGGUUAUUAUGGAGCCUUUUGCUUACA